ACUAGAAGGGCAGACAUCUCUUUGGCAGGACGUCUGGAACAUGGACAGGGAUCUGAAUGAAGAUGACAGUCUGGAGGACCUCAGUUUUGAGGCCGAGAGUCCUCUGGCGCCCCCCACAGAGCUCCUGGAGAGACUGCCCAGCUAUGACUGGCUUUUUCAAGGGGGCAGAGGACAGAUAUUCUUCCCGUCUUUGGAGGCCCCGGGGAGGCCCCAGGAGCAAAGGUCCUGGCCCUCGUUCCUGCAACACAGGAAGACCCCUGCUUCCUCCAUGGAGUCACCUCUGGCCUCUCCAGCCCACAGUGUCUCUUGUGCUUCCAUCCAUGGAUCUGAAGACAGACGGGCCCCUCCGUGUGCCGGGGCUGGUGGAUGCUGGAGACGCAAGUGUGCAGGAUUGUGGAUUAACGGCUCUCAGGGCUGCCAUGGAGAAAUGCAUGAAGAUGCAAGGGGAGGAAGGAGGAUUCUUUCCUCUUGGAGGUGUUGGGGCCAGAAAGACUUCAAGUCCCCGUGAUGACGGAGGAGGUGGCGCGGGAAGCCCUCCUCAGCUUUGUGAACUCUAAAUGCUGCUACAGCAGCACAGUGGCUGGAGACCUCGUCAUCCGGGAGCUGAAGCAGCAGACCCUCUGCAGGUAUCGUCUGGAGACCUUUAGUGAAUCCAGGAUAAGCGAGUGGACAUUUCAACCCUUUACUAACCACUCUGUGGAUGGGCCACAAAGAGGCGCCUCCCCCAGGCUCUGGGACAUCAAGGUUCAGGUUCCUCCGAUGUUUCAGGAAGACACCAGGAAGUUCCAGGUCCCUCACUCAUCAAUGGUCAAGGAAUGCCACAAAUGCCACGGGCGUGGGCGGUACAAGUGCAGCGGCUGCCACGGGGCGGGCACGGUGCGGUGCCCGUCCUGCUGUGGAGCCAAGCGCAAAGCCAAGCAGUCCCGGAGGUGUCAGCUGUGCGCGGGGUCCGGCAGGCGAAGAUGCAGCACCUGCUCAGGGAGAGGGAACAAGACCUGCGCCACCUGCAAGGGGGAGAAGAAGCUGUUGCACUUCAUCCAGCUGGUCAUCAUGUGGAAGAACAGCUUGUUUGAGUUUGUGUCUGAGCACCGGCUCAACUGCCCCAGGGAGCUCCUUGCUAAAGCCAAAGGAGAAAACCUCUUUAAGGAUGAAAACUCGGUGGUGUACCCCAUUGUGGACUUCCCCCUGCGAGACAUCUCUCUGGCCUCCCAGAGGGGCAUUGCAGAGCACAGCGCUGCCUUGGCCUCCCGUGCCCGCGUUCUGCAGCAGCGCCAGACCAUUGAGCUGAUCCCCCUCACAGAAGUUCACUAUUGGUACCAAGGAAAGACUUAUGUCUACUACAUCUAUGGCACUGACCACCAGGUGUAUGCAGUGGACUAUCCUGAGCGGUAUUGCUGUGGCUGUACCAUCGUGUGACAUAGCAGAGCUGUCCCCAGAGCCUGCCAUUCACGUUUGCCAAGGAGGAUAACCGACACUCUCAGAGUGUGUUCACUGUUGGCUGCAUUGGACAAUCACAUACAAACCCAGGCAUGUCCUUCCAGAAAAACCAGCUUAUCAUUUAUCAAGCUACAACUCCUUAUGCAGCUCCUCUGGUGGAAUCCAUCACUCAUAUGUUUAACCUAAAAUAAUUCAGCUACACAUUCCUGUAGAACAAAUGAGAGAAAUAAUUUAAAUGGCAAGGUCUUUGCCUCUGGUCUCCAAGUUAAUGCCCCGAUGAAGCGUGUGAUUUGAUUUUGCUUUUUCCCUUUGUCGGUCUUGGUUCUGUUGUGCUUCUUCUAGUGGGAGCCUCUUGACAAUCUGAGUGUUGCUGAAAUGUUCAAGGAUACACACAAAUAUCUGGCCUUAAUGCACAAUAAAUAGGGCACUUAGGCAUAAAGUG